UCCCGCCCCCCCCCCCCCCUCCUGCGCACUGUACAUUCAUAUCAUUUUUCUUCUCCGGCCCCAUGGAGGAAGUGAGAAAGUUGGCACGGUCACCUAGGGCUUCGCAGGACCCGGUCACUCAGUGACAGAUGGACAAUGCAAGAAUGAGCUCCUUCCUGGAAUACCCCAUCCUCAGCGGGGGCGACUCGGGGACCUGCUCCGCGCGAGCCUAUCCCGCAGACCAUGGAAUUACAACUUUCCAGUCGUGCGCGGUCAGUGCCAACAGCUGUGGCGGCGACGACCGCUUCCUAGUGGGCAGGGGGGUGCAGAUCAGCUCGCCCCACCACCACCACCACCAUCACCACCCCCAGCCGGCCACCUACCAGACUCCUGGGAACCUGGGGGUGUCCUACUCCCACUCGAGUUGUGGUCCAAGCUAUGGCGCGCAGAACUUCGGCGCGCCUUACAGCCCGUACACCUUAAAUCAGGAAGCAGAAGUAAGUGGGGGGUACCCCUCGUGCGCUCCCGCUGUUUACUCUGGAAAUCUCUCAUCUCCCAUGGUCCAACAUCACCACCACCACCAGGGUUAUGCCGGGGGCGCGGUGGGAUCGCCUCAGUACAUUCACCACUCAUAUGGACAAGAGCACCAGAGCCUGGCCCUGGCCACGUAUAAUAACUCCUUGUCCCCUCUCCACGCCAGCCACCAAGAAGCCUGUCGCUCCCCGGCACCAGAGACCUCUUCUCCAGCGCAGACCUUUGACUGGAUGAAAGUAAAAAGAAACCCUCCCAAAACAGGGAAACUUGGAGAGUACGGCUACGCCGGUCAACCCAACGCAGUGCGCACCAACUUCACCACCAAGCAGCUCACGGAGCUGGAGAAGGAGUUUCACUUCAACAAGUACCUGACGCGCGCCCGCCGGGUGGAGAUCGCCGCGUCCCUGCAACUCAACGAGACCCAGGUGAAGAUCUGGUUCCAGAACCGCCGAAUGAAGCAGAAGAAACGAGAGAAGGAGGGCCUCCUGCCCAUCUCUCCCGCCACCCCGCCGGGAAGCGAGGAGAAGGCCGAGGAGUCCUCAGAGAAGUCCAGCUCGUCGCCCUGCGUUCCUUCCCCGGGGUCUUCUACCUCCGACACUCUGACUACCUCCCACUGAGGCCCGCCCAGCCCUAAACUCCACUCCUCGGCCCAGGCUUCUGACUCCUCGGGCUGAGACUUCUUACUCAAAGCACAUUCUUAGCUUAUCUUCCUUUCCAUUUGCAGUCUCUCUCUUUCUUUCUGAUCCUAUCUGGGACGCUCCUGGGCAGGAUAAUGUGUUUACUGAGAAUUCUGGACUAGGUGCUUGAUUGGGGAGGGAGGGGUGUGUGUGUUAACUUCUUAAUGCAGAUGGGGUGCCCGCACCAAUUUUCUGAGGGCCCCUACUUUUAGGAGAUUUCCACAGAUCCUACUGUUCCUUUUAGAUGCCCUUUGGAGAAUUGUCUCCUUUGCCAGCAGAAACAUGCCAAAGGGAGGCCUCCCAUCUUUUAUCUAUCUGUAUAUUUACAGAACUCCCCUACUUUGUCCUCAAAGUGGGGUAAAGAGAAAGGAGAGAGCCCAGGAGCUCAUGAGAAGAGAUGCACUAUGGGCGUGUUUACACAAUGAAUUCACCUUUUAAUUUAAUUCAUUCUUGUGUGUGAGUUUGCUGGUUGUAAAUACUUUGUCCUGAGAGAUUUAUCUUUAUACAGAUUUUCUAGAAAUGUUUAGAUUAAGUGAUUCAAACAGGGUGGGCAAACUCUCAAAGCUGGUACAAUUUUAUAUGUGAUGAUAGGUUAAAAAUAAAAGCCCUCAUUUAAACUCAA